AUGUCCAAGAAGUCCAAAAAUGUGCGAAACGGCAUUCCGGACACCGAAGCCGGAUGGCAAAAGAUCCUGAAUGUUUCAAAGCAAUUAGGGCAUUCUCAGACAUUGGAGAACACGCAACUGAAACGUUUGCCAACAGUCGCAAACAACAAGAGCUCAUCCAGAGGAGCCAAGAAGCAGCGCGAGUUCCUCAGUAGAAUUCAUACAAUAAGUCUCUACCACUACCUGCUGUGCGCUAUCAGUUUCUCGCAAAACGAGUUGGACUCUACCAGAGCGAGUGUACUUGAGGCUUUGGUCAACAAGAUCACCAGCAGUCCUGAUGACGCAGCAAUCAUUCAUUCUGGUGUCCGAACACUCGCUGCAAGCCUGAACAUACGUCAAGCUGAGCGGCCACCACAGUUUACCAACGCUGUUCUAAAGGGGACCAAGGAGGUCUUUAGAGAGCACAUGAGCGACAUGAUCAGGAAGGUGUUAGUUGAAAAUGUGUGGAAAGCCGCAGUAACGAUGGACUUUCCUUCCUGGCCGACACCGGACAAUACGGUUCCCUGUCUCAUGAGUCUCGACAUCUGCGAAAAGGACGUGCAAGAGCUUUUCAAGACACUGUUCAACGCCAAAGCGGAUUGGGUGGCCGGCGUCUUGCACAUCGUACACGAAAGUGGCAUGACUCAGAUCGUCCCUCGUUCGGAAAUCACCUUGAAGGGGGUUUCAGAUCAAGCCAUCAUUGCGAUUUUUGGCACUGAGAUACACGCUGCAAUAACGGAGUGCCCUGUACGAGUAAAAGAGCUAGCGGAUGGGCGGCGCCUCACAGAAUGUGUCUCGAUGAUCAUUUCUGGAAGAGAAGGCACAGUUAGUUUGGCUGUGGGCUUACGAGGGGGUGUCCACAUUCAGGGUAAGCUCUAUCGUUGA